AUGAUUGUUGUUUAUUUCAGAUCUCUCGUUGCAAAGGGACAAGCUGCGGAUAAGCUAGGAGGCAACGCGCCUAAGGCUGCGAACAUGUACAAAAUGAAAUAUGAUUGCGAAAUAGAGAAGAUUGCUGCAAGACAUGCAGCUAAGUGCGUUUUCGCACAUUCCACAAACGCUGAAAGGGAGAACAAUGGUGAAAAUCUUUACAUGAGAAUGCCACCCACUGAUGAUGUAACAAAAAUGGCCGGAAACGCCGCUGACGCAUGGUUUGCGGAAUUGGAGAAAUACGGCGUAGGACAGGAGAACGUGUUCACUAUGGCGCUGGCUAAUCGUCAAGGAAUGAUGAUCGGACAUUAUACUCAGGUAUCCUCAUAUAAUUUCAUUAAAGGCCACAUUCUCAAAAUGUUGAAAUUACAUAGCUUUUAA